AUGGAGUUAAACACUGCAAACAUAGAUAGUAGAGGAUAUAAACAAAAAGAUAGACCAAAUCUAAUCUUUAAAUCCGAAGAUAUUGAAAAUUUAAAGGUAUACGCUAUACAUAAGUGUUUUCCGCCGUCGGCCGAUCGAUAUAAAUUACACAAUGCUAUUAAUCGGUUUGCCAAGUUAUAUGUUCAGAAUGAUAAGCUCUUCUGUCAGACGAAAGAGGGCGAGCAUUUAGAAAUUAUCAAUGGAGAAGAUCGAGAACGUAUUAAUGAUAUUCUAGCUGAAGCCCAUGGUGACCAACAUAUACCUAGUAUGGAAAUGGCCCGUCGCAUUCGGAGUAAAUACUAUGGUGUGGAUAUGAGUAUGCCGCGAGCUUGGGUUACGAUGUGCUUGGAAUGUCGGGCAGUUUAUUCAUGUAGGUCAUCCAAGAAGAGGUACGAUGAACUAGUGAAGAUUGUGCGUGAACCUUGGUUUGCUAUUUCUAUCUUUACGAUUAGUUUAGCUGACCUACUGCCGGGUAAAGGUGGAGUUUUACUGUGUAUACAAGAUAACUACUCAAAGUACGUAUUGCAUAAAGUCUUGCCUUUCUUUGACAUUGAUAAGGUCUGUGAGUUUUUGGAUGGCUGGACACGAUACUUUGGCUUCCCUGAGAUUAUUAAGAUUUUGGAUCCUAAAGUGCAAACUCAAGUCUUACAUGAUUACUGCUACCAACGUGAUAUUCAGAUUGUAUACUAUAAGGACGAUCCGGACCAUUUUGUCUUUGAUAUAACCGAGCAACCACGGUAUCUUAAACGGACUAUUCUUUCUAAAUUCCAAGAUAAGCAGCCCCAUGAACUGGACGAAGCUAUUGAAGAAGCCAUUAAGUUUCGGAACUUUGGUUUCUAUAAUGAAGAUACUACCGUACGUUCAGGCCGAGUUUCAGCUGAUGUAUUCUUUCGUCGGCCAGUGCGAACAACUAAGAAAGGAAGUGGCAGUCAGUAUUGGAAGACUUAUAAGCUUCCGGAUUUGAACUUGCCCUCUUUACUCUCUCUUCUACCUGAAUAUGCACCUAGUAAGGAUGAGGAGGCACAACGGCGGGAGGAAAACCUGCGCAUUGCCCGGGAGUUUAAUAUUACUGUGCCAAUUCCUAAAUCACUUCUGCCGAGAAAUAGGGUUCCUAAGCGCGUCAUGCUAGCUAAGUUGGCUAGUAUGCCCGUGGUUAAAACACCGGAAGAACAAGAGAUGGAAAUAGCACGUGAGCAGCUAAGGGCUCAAAUUGCUGCGAGUAAAUCGGCCGAGACAGAAGACAGUAAGUGUUCUACUAGCAGCAAUCAGUCUACUCCGGAACAGUUAGAUGAAGAAGAGUCAGAGCCGGUGGUUAUUAAGCGAACAAUGGAUCUUAAAACUGAUCGGGAACUGGAACAAGAACUGCGUUCGGAUAAGGACGCACUUAAUCUGGCCGUUCUUUACAAUCCAGAGAAACCGUACCAUGAACGUACUGAACUUCGUCACCCGGCCAUGGCUGCAAAUAGGGAUGCCAGGCGGUACUCUGGUUCUUUUGUAUACAUUGCUCCAUCUUCGGCCUUUCUAACGACUGAAGAACGGCAGCAGGGCAAGCGCCUAGUGACUACAAAGAGCUAUGAUGAGCUGCUGGCAGAGUGUCGGGGUAAGAUGGAAAAUCCCACGCGGGCGAGUUUGAUAGGACGAGGUGUUCAUCCAGAUCGGUUUGUUUUAGACGAAGAUUUGUAUUGGGUGGUUGAACCGAUUGGGAAGACACAUAGUUAUUUGCUCUACAACGCUCGGACGCGAGAGAAGGUUCCGGUUGAGAAGUGGCGGAUUUUCAAAGUUACGCGGCAGGUUAAUCAGCGGUACCGGCACUUGGCCCGGCUGAUGUACAAGCAGUUCUAUCUUUCUAGUAUUUUAGGCCAAGAAGACAAGGAAUCGUGA